UGUAUUCGUUUGCAAAAUAUGGUAAAACUUUUAUUUUUUUUGCAUGCAACCCUUUUGUUAGUGUAAGUGUAAAAUUCAUUAUAAAUCAAAGAAAGGGAAAAUGGUUUGGGUCCCCCAAUAAAGACGGCAGCGAAAAAUAUAAUUUUUUUUAAAUCGUCUUAUUUUGUCGCGAAGAUUACAACUCGUGAGCGGAAAAUAAAUUUUUCCAAUAAUUUAUGUAUACUUUUUUAUAAAAAUAUAAAAAACCCACUUUGCAGAUAUUUUUCAAAUAAUUUAGUUGUUGUAGAAUUCAGAUCAUUUAGCUGCAAUUACACGUUCAACGAGUUAAACAUAUUCUUGUGAAAAAAAAUGCUGAAGAAAUUUAACAGUUUUGGACCGACCAGGGUUACUUUUUUUAAGCGCCAACAACGGCCGCAGGUGCAGAAAGAACUUACCACGCGAAAGAACAUGUGCAAAGUCUGUAAUUUUUUGAAUUAAUUGUAAAAUUUGAUUAAAAAAAAUUAAAUGUAAAUAGAAUUAUUGAAAAAGUUUGCUUUGCGGAUUUGUAAUUUUCGCGCAAAAUAAAGUGAUUGAAAUACAAAAAAAAUUAUUUACGAGGCCUCCUUCGUUGGGGACCUAAAAUAUACAUUAACCAAAGAAACACCCACUUCAAAUAGUUGAAUUUUUGAACUUUAACUGCAAAUAUUUCAAAAACCAUAAAUCAGCGCCAACUAUAAAUAUAUUUUUAUUCUGAAUCUGAAGAACGUAGACCAACCGUACAUAUUCAUUUUAACCCCAAAUUUGCUAUUCCAAAUUCCAGCCGCGGCGACUUGCUGCUGGCUUAAACGUAUGCACAAUUGUACUAUAACUAAUCAAUUAUAUGUUUGCUAAUAGUUUUACAGGAUAAUUAUCUAUACAGACAGACUGUUGCCAAUCGUUUGCAAUAAAUAGCCUUUAUUGACUCUGACGACAUCAAUAACGCUAUCUAGCCAACAAUUGUUGUUAGCGGAGAUGAUCCGUCAUGCAAAUCGAUUCAUUUUGAUUAAAAAUGUCAGCGGGAGGAUACUGCGAGGACUUUCUAGUGUUCCAGGAAAGCAUAAAACAAAUGCGAGCAGUGGACGACAAUAUAAUAUAUAUGUUAAACACAUCACUGCCAACUGAGUCUUUCAAAGGUCAGGUUAAUUGCGAAAAAGUAUGUACAAACUUACUUAACCAGCUGCAACAAGUCCACAAGGCGCGGGAGAAAAAAAUUAAUGAUUGCAUACUUUCGUCUGCGGAAACGUUGAAGAAAUUGCGUGAGUUACGUGAAAAUAACCGCGAUGAUGUCGAAAUUGAUAAAAGAUUCAAAUCGGAGCAGCGUAAGCUUCGUCUUUUAAAGUCUGAAGUAAACGUGGAAGAUAUUGUAAAUCAGAGGUCAUUAAAAGCAUUCAAAGAACGAUGUCGAACAUACAUCCAUAUCGGUGCAUCAUAAUAGAUUGUUUAAAAUAUUUAUCAAAAAAUAUAAAAAAUUUUAAUUUCUAAUUCACA